CAAUAAAUCUUACACGUCGAAAAACAAAAACAAAAGGUGGAAAAUGGGAGUUGAAAGACACGCCCGUGAGCGUGAGAGUGGAAUAAACGAGCAUGCAUGAUUGAUAGUAAAACACUCUAGAGCGUCUGACUCACGACUAUUUUCCGAUGAUCGUUUGGUUUGGUAUGCGAUGACGUCCCGUGACUCGUCCCAACUUGCCGUACCAAAAGUCUUGCCGUACUUUCUCUUUAUUUACCAAAAUGCCCAUUUCUUAAAUUCCGUUUUAUAUUUUUUUCCAUUUAAUUAAUGAUAUAAGGGCAUCAUACAAUUUAUUAUAUGUAUUAGAUUAGAUCUAGAGCUUACUUGUUGACGAAUAAAACUCUUUAGCUUUAUGUUGAUAGGUAGAUUAAGGAUGAUAACGAUGUUGUGUUGUAAUUAACGUAGUUGUAUAUUACCCCCUAAUAUUAUUACCUAACACACUUGCUGGUAUCAAAUCAGUAUAUGUUUAAUUUAUAAGAGAAUAUAGUAUUAAAUUUGUAGCAUGUUGCACCGUAAAUUUACUAUGAUGUCAUAUUUUAUUUUUGACAUCAUAAGUAUUAGCAGUGAAAUUUAGACCAAUCAAUUGGAUUUUUGUUUUCAUAAAUUUCCAACUUAAAAAGAGUUGGCAUGCAUAGCUUGAUUUGUUGAUUUUUCUUUUAUAUUAAGUAUUUUCUAAUUUUAUAUGUGACGUUGACAUUCCUAACAUCUUACUUUUCAGAAUAUAUAAUCUUCUAUAUGCUAAUAUUAAAAUAGUUCAUAACAAUUUUGAAUUCCGUUCUGUUAGCUAGUUCUUUGCAUGAUCGACUGAUUUUUUGUUUUAACUACUCGUUUCGGCGUUUAGUUAAAAAAACACACACACAUUUUUUUUUUUUGCUAACCGAGUAUCCUGACCCCACCGAGGUGGUCCAGACUAGAGACCGAAGUGAGCAUGGACGCUGCCAAGGCGUCACCAUGUGGCUCACCGUGUAACGGUCUUCGGUCUCGGGUGAUGCAGCCCACAUGUAAAUUUCUGAAGUGGCCAAAGCUCGCCCCCAGGAACGGGCAUUCCAGUUGAAGUUCAUAUACCACUAGACCAAAGCAACUUGGUUAACACACACACAUUCAGCAUAUAGUUUAUGAUAUAAAUGAAGUCGAAAAAGAAAUUAUCCUUAGUAACUGCAGUAAGUCAUGGGUUUAUAGAUUAUGUUUACAUGUACAUCUCGUUCCUAAGCGAUUGAACAUACUAGCUAGUACUAUAUAUCAGGGCUUUUUAUAUACAAAAUACUAACUUAUUUUCUUUUGCUAUUUUAAUAUAUACACAAAAAUAUUAUUGAACGUGGAGGGUCAACAAGAUGGUGUUUGUUCAGCAAGAGCAAAGGGUAAAACUAGAAUUUUAACUAACUCAUAUACAAAAAGUCAAUGCAAAAAAGCCAAGCUAAGUUGUUGCUUAUAUAAAUAAGAUCAUAAAUCCAUUAUUCAACAAAGUCUUCGUUUCUAUUUUUCAUUUCUCACCCGAAUCAAACACAGAAGGAGAUUUGUCUAGAGAAUCAUCAAAACAAAUGGAAAAGGAAAGAGAGAUGGAGAUGAUCAACAAGAUGGCAAGCUGCUUGAUUUUUCUAUCAAAGGCUCACCAACACGACACCAAAGGCCGCGUUUUCGCGUGCAAGACAUGCAACAAGGAGUUCUCGUCGUUCCAAGCCUUGGGAGGCCACCGAGCAAGCCACCGCAGAUCGGCCGCGCUUGAAGGCCACGCACCACCUUCUCCCAAAAGAGUCAAACCGGUGAAACACGAGUGUCCCAUAUGUGGUGCCGAGUUCGCCGUAGGGCAGGCCCUGGGUGGGCACAUGAGGAAGCAUAGAGGAGGAGGAGCUAGCCGGAGUUUAGCGCCAGCGCCGGUGACGAUGAAAAAAACUGGCGGCGGUAACGCAAAGAGGGUUUUGUGUUUGGAUUUGAACUUAACGCCGGUAGAGAAUGAAGAUUUGAAGCUGGAGCUUGGGAGGUUGAUUUUCUAAAUUUAAAAUUUCUUCUUCUUGUGUGCGUAUAGUAAGGUUAUUUUAUUUUAGGACUCCAGUAAUUUUUGUAUGAAGAACUUUAUGGUACUGUUAUGUAUAGUUACAUAUAUACAGGUCUAUCUCAGUAAUAAUCUCUAUGUUGAAUACUGUUGGCGUCUCAUCAUUACGUAAAUAUGAAAACAUGUAUGGUGUUAAAAAUG